CAAGCCAAGCAGGGAGUCGCUGAGUUUACUGGCCAAAAUAGAUACGUACGAUGAUGCAAAGCAAACGGACAAAAAUGUCAGUAUCUACUUGACGUUUGCCUGUUUUGCUUUAAGCUGCUCCAUUUGGUUUUGACGUUUCGCCUGGCUGUUGACGUUUCGAUCAACCAUCAGCCAGCGUGCCCGUCGUUGUGUCUGUCUGUCAUUUGCGCGAGUUGUGUGUUGCUCCCUAAGUCGUCGUAGUUUUGUUUAUUAUUGAAGUAUCGUAAUAAAUUUGCUUUGUUACCGCAACGUGCCUAAACAUUUUUUGUUUGUUUUAGUAUUAACCAAAAAAAUCAAAAGAAGAAACAACAAAAAAGAAAUGUGGCAUACGAGUAAAAUUAUCAUCCAAAUGCUUGUAAUCUGCGCGGCAUUGAGUGGCACAGCUUUGGCCAUCAACUGUUACGUAUGCGAUGCAUCCGAUACGAAAACACCGUUCCAGUGUGGGGAGUGGUUCGAACGUUUCGACGAUCCAGACAUACAGCCGCAGAAUUGUUCCAAUGUUCACGACGCCAAGUUUUGCAUUAAGCAUAUAGGUCGCUACGAGGGUGGCAUUGGCGCGAAACGUUUCUGCUCCUCCAAGGAUUUGGGCAACUAUUGUGAUUAUGUGAAAAACAAAGGUGAUCGUAUGGAUUAUCGUUCGUGUAUCUACACCUGCAGUACAGAUGGAUGCAAUGGAGCGGGCAGCUUACGGCCAUGGGCAACUGCCACUGUGGGCUCAUUGCUUUUGGCCAGGCUAUGGUGGUGCUGAGACAAGUGGCAAUAAUUCUUGUUCAAAAUUUACUGAAUAACUCGUAAUAGCUUGUAAUUAUUAAUUAAUCAGUAGCGCGGCACAGUGCCUUCUCUGUUUGUACGUACGUAUGUAUCUCGAAUAGUUAGU